AAAGAAGAAAGAAAGAAAGACCACUAUCGACCAAAGAUUCUAGUACUAAAGCAAUGGCUGCAGCUUUAGUGACCCCAUUAGCAUUAAACGGAGCUGUAAAAAUGGCGAAUUCAGCUAUUACAUCACAGGCAUAUCUUGAGGGCUCUAGAGUCAAAGAAACAAAGGCCUUGAUUGCAGAGCUCUGCCGCCACUUUUACAAUCUGGGUUGGGUUUCUGGAACUGGUGGCAGCAUCACCAUUAAAGUCCAUGAUGAUUCCGUCCCUAAACCACAACAGCUCAUUGUCAUGUCCCCUUCAGGUGUUCAGAAGGAAAGAAUGGUGGAGGAGGAUAUGUAUUUGUUAUCCCCAGAAGGGUCUAUUUUGUCUGCGCCAUUGGCAAAGCCUUACCCCCAUAAGCCUCCUAAAUGCUCUGAUUGUGGUCCUCUUUUCUUGAAGGCAUAUGAUAUGCGAAAUGCUGGAGCUGUAAUCCAUAGUCAUGGAAUGGAAUCAUGUCUUGUGACGAUGAUCAAUCCAUUUUCAAAAGAAUUUCGGAUUACUCACAUGGAAAUGAUCAAAGGAAUUCAAGGACAUGGUUAUUAUGAUGAACUGGUUGUCCCAAUCAUUGAGAACACAGCCCAUGAGAGGGAGCUCACAGAUUCUCUUGCAGAAGCCAUUAAAGCGUACCCCAAAACAACGGCUGUGCUAGUGCGAAACCAUGGAAUCUAUGUAUGGGGAGAUAAUUGGAUCAGUGCUAAAACCCAGGCUGAGUGUUACCACUAUCUGUUUGACGCUGCAAUUAAACUUCACCAAUUAGGAUUGGAUUGGUCAACUCCUAGCCAUGGUCCUAUUCACAGUGUAAAUGGGGCUCUGGGGAACGUUCGGAGUGCAAACACCCCAGCAAAGGCAAGAAAAGUGGCUUCAGAUAAUGGCAUUGAGCCAUUAAGACGCUGCAUUGUUCUGGACAUUGAGGGGACCACUACACCGAUAUCAUUUGUCACAGAUGUUCUCUUCCCAUAUGCUCGUGAGAGUGUAGGGAAGCAUUUAGAUGCAACAUAUGACACAGAAGAGACAAAAGAUGAUAUUAAGUUACUGCGAGCUCAAGUACAAGAAGAUUUAGAAAAGGGCAUUGUUGGUGCUGUUCCUAUCCCCGACGAUGAUGCAGGGAAGCAGGAGGUAAUUGCAGCUUUGGUUGCCAAUGUGGAGGCAAUGAUUAAAGCUGACAGGAAGAUCACCGCUUUAAAGCAAUUACAGGGUCACGUAUGGCGCACUGGAUUUGACAAUAACGAGUUAGAAGCAAUUGUUUUUGAUGAUGUACCUGAAGCUCUUGAGAGGUGGCAUGCUUUAGGCAUCAAGGUAUACAUAUAUUCCAGUGGAAGCAGAUUGGCACAGAGACUUUUAUUCGGUAACACGAAUUACGGGGACCUGCGAAAGUACUUGUGCGGUUAUUUUGACACUACUGUGGGAAACAAGAGGGAAACAAAAAGUUACCUUGAAAUUACAGAGUCAGUCGGAGUAGAUAAACCUUCUGAGAUUUUGUUCGUUACUGAUGUCUAUCAAGAAGCGACAGCUGCCAAAGCAGCAGGUUUGAACGUGAUAAUAUCUAUCCGGCCAGGAAAUGGACCUCUUCCAGAGAAUCAUGGGUUCAGGACGGUGAAGUCAUUUUCAGAAAUAUAAGAUGGAUUAUAAAAAUUCUGUAAUAAGGUUGGAGGUGAUCGAAUGUGUUCUCCAGGAUAAUCUUCUCAUUCUGAAGCGAAGUUAUGAUGUAGACAUUUUUGCUUCAGGGGCUUGCAGCUUAAAUCUGGGUUUAUGAUCGUGUUAAGUUAUCAUGAAUAAAGCUGUCAGAAUUAAGCAAGAAAUUGAAUUUCCUAACAUCCCUUGUACACAAGUGCAGAUCGAUAAAAGUUACAAUACUAUCUCUAUUUUA